AUGGACGAUAAUGGCGCACCGUCAAUAGCCAGUAGUAGAGGCGAAUUCCGGAAGCGUUGUGGACCUCCUCGAUGUGGUGUUCAACCGUGUAGCCUUCCAAUGACCGAUAGUGGUUCCCGCCGUGGUAACAUGCGUGGACGUUUUGCUCUUUCAAGGCAGGCUUCGUUCGACAUUGGCAGUGUUACUGGUCCAGAUGUAAAGGAAACCUCACCAGCAACUUCACUUGUGGUUGAUGACGUGGAUCACUCGGCGCAACAGAGUCUCAUUUCUCUCAGUCCACCCAACGCCUUCGAGAACGACACUCCAGGAGUGGCUGCAAGCCAAGCACAACGCACGAAUUCCUCUUAUUCAACCACCACUUCUCCACCGAACCCCAUUCCUAAAGGCUCGCCAAAAAAGAUGAGUUCCCAGCAGGUCCGAAAAAUAUUGAAAGAACAUUUGCUGAACCGGCGUGUAAUGAGUGUGGAAGCCUCAUGGGGUGUUGGCAGCUCAGAGUCGCCGUCGACACUGCCUCAAUCUCGCAAUUUGCGUUAUUUCUCUCGUUCCUUCGAUUCUGAUCCAACUGAGUCUCCGCCUUCGCCACCCGCCACGACUACCACUGACGGUAACCGUGCUCCCUCUCCACACUCUCUACCACGCAAACGCGCUGCCUAUCAUAGAUUAGCCGCAGUCUCUCUUGACUUGCCGAACAAGGUUCCUACCUGUCGAGGCCUGGAGGAAGCAGCUGCGGUCGCCCUGAACGCAAUCUGGCGAGACGGAAAGCCACCGGCACACUUCCACCGCUCAAGUCCGGGUAUCUAUUUUUGUGGGCACGCCUUUCGUUUGACGCUAAUUGAAAAAAGUGUCAAUGUGCCCUCGUUGGUACGUCAGUUGAGCUACAACCCGCAGCCAGCCCACAUGAACCUUGAAGAUGACUCGAAGAGUUUUACGGCGCCUCCUUCCUUCCCCUCCAUUACGGAAAUGCCCCUCGAUUUGACUUCUACGGGCCCAGCUGGAGAGGCAACCAAACGGCAAGCUGGUGGGUGCGUUCGACCAACAGCAUCAACUGGUGCCUGUAUUGACGAAUUCUCCCUACUUAUGCACCAUUUGGAGGCGCUUCGGAAUGCCUCCGUGCAGAAACACUUGCCCGCGUUCGGAGGGGUGAAUGAAACUCCUCCUCCUCCUCUUCCUCCGUCCACCUCCAGCCCCGGUCUGUUGGGCGCAGCACCGGGUCCCCACGACGCCGCAGCCCCCGCCCCACUCGCCUCGCUUUGCCCACUGCCUGAAGUCAGCGCGGUCAACGCCCCCAACUGCCCGUCAGAGUUAAGCAUCAUUACCAGCCCCGUAUUUCGACGGACCCUCAGUACCCAGGUGAGUCAAAAUCUGAGAGAAACACAGGAGACACUGGCCGCGCUAAGUUUGGGCGGCCCACCACAGCGCCCCGUCAAUGAUGACAAGUGCACAAACGCUAAAAACGCCUCGUGGGCCGCCCCCGCCACCGCCAGUGGAGUGUCCGUCCCGGCAAUGCACAACUUCCUCCAGUCUACCCUUGAAAGAGCCCAUGACGAGCUGCUACGACACUGGUCCAGCCUGCCCUCUGUCGACUGGCCAACCUCCUCCGAUGCGGAAGCGAAAACUAGGGGUACACCCACUGAGUACGUGUAUGCUUGUCAUUCUGUUUGCCUUUGGUCCCGCAGGACGGCAAUGCUCUUUGAUCCUACCAUGCUCUCUCAUCUGUGCAUCUGUCCAAACGGUAACAACCCUCAAGUACAUCCCGAGCAUCCCUUUCGCCUGAAGUCCAUUCUUGAAAAGAUUGCCAGUUCUCGGUUGCAGAUUCCGCAAGGUCUCCUCAACACCUCCGCCACCACCGAAAGCGGUACACCUUCCUUCCUCUCCGAGGGUCUCCCCUUGGCAUUCUUUUGCCGUUGGAUGAGGGCUCGAAUGGCCACGCGGAAGGAAUUGGCCAUUUUCCACACCUCCGAACACAUCGCACGCUACUGUCCGGAUUCAUCCGUGGAAGGUGAAGAGGAAGGUUCCUCAAUGUCGUCAUCUUCGUCCUCAUCGUCUAUUUCCUCGUCCUCCAGAGACGGGUGUGGAGGUUUGCUGGCCACGCUCCGUUGUGGCGGUGUCGGCGUUGACUCGGACACCGUCUGGAACGCUGAGACCACUUCAAAGUCAGCGCGGCUUGCAGUUGGUCAGGUCAUGUGCCUUGCACACAAUCUUGCGAGUGGCAGGUUGAGAAAUGGUUUCGCCCUUGUCCACCCUCCGGGGCACCAUGCAGAGCCCGAUCAAGCCAUGGGAUUUUGCUACUUCAACUCCGUCGCUAUCGCCGCUCUCUCGAUUCUCCAACGUGGCCUUGCCCAGCGUGUGCUCAUUCUCGAUUGGGACAUCCACCAUGGCAAUGGCACACAGUUUGCUGCGGCCAAGCAUCCCGGUCUGCUGUACAUUUCGUUGCAUCGGUACGACCAGGGCACAUUUUUCCCCGGGACCGGAUCUUUUCUGGACGGCGUCAAGGGGGAUGAGGGCGUUGGCGGCCGUACGAUCAACAUUCCCUGGGGCUGCACCACGACCCCCAGAACAGCAAAUGCCUCUUUGAAGCGCGAAUCCUGGCGACAGGUGGGUUGUCGAGCAUUCGAUAUACUAGUUCCAUGCGCCACAAUGACUAGUUCAGCCAAUUAUUCAUCGGCGAACACGUCUAACGACAGCGGCGUCCAGCUGAUGCCCGAGGACUGUUCUAUGCGUCCCAUCAGCCUGACCUCUUGCCCUCAACCAAAUGACGCGUCCCCUCCCUCCUCUCCCGCCGGUAUGGUCGAUGCCCACGUCCUGCGUUCGUCUUCUUCUGAAUCGCCUACAAUGAGCCUCUCAGAUGCCGAGUACCUGGCCGCCUUUCGUACCCUUGUGCUCCCCAUUGCGAGUGAAUUCGCCCCCGAUGUUGUCCUUGUGUCGGCAGGGUUCGACGGUGCAGCCGGACACGGCAGUGCCCUCGGGGGAUACAAGAUUUCUCCCGGUGCCUUUGCCUGGAUGACUCGCCAGGUAACAUUUCUCCGCGCUUCAUUUUGCCUGGCGCACAUUUUCUCUCCAAAAAAGAUGGAAUCAUCUCUGAAGUCAGCACAUGCUGAUAGCCAAGUCCUUGGCAUAGUUCCAACGCACAAGCGCCUGCCAUCCUCACAAGGGCUGUUGAGCCUUGGUGGUGGUUUCUUCCAGGCUGGUCGUGAAGUGGCACGCCUAAUGCUCGUUGACUGCGACGCUUUGCAGUUGCGUCAUAAACCGGGGUUGGGGCUGCAGUCUGGCUGCAUGUCUCUAGCCAAUGGCUGUGUUGGCCUGGUGCUCGAAGGGGGCUACGUUGCGUCGGCGACGGCGGACUGCGUCUCGACGUGCCUCAACUCCCUCCUCCUGCCCAACCCGCCGCCUGCCGUCUGGAGUGCUGGCGCGAGCAAAGAACGGCGCCUGGCCACCCUGGACGACUGUCUCUACACGGCGAACUCGUGGAUCGCGCCCGGCGAGCUCUCGCGUCCGCCUCGACCCGAAGCCGUCAACACGCUGGUCGAGGUGGCUGCUGUUCAGGCCAAAACGGGACGUUGGAACUGCCUCGCUUCUCGCGAGACACCUCCCUUCCAUGAUUUUGCUCUGCCUUUCAACAGAGCUCUUGAGCAGGAACGCGCCCGACUCUUGUCCCCGUCCCAGCCACUACUCGCCUAG